AUGAAGCCUGAUGAACUGCAAUCGGAAGAAAAAGUCACAGGAGACGUCAUUGGAGACACAGCCUAUAGUGAACGGUUUGUUUUAAAGAUUUUGUUAAAAUUGGCCAACCUUGACACGCUUAAAGAUGAAAUCCUCGAUCAGGUCUUUGAAGAAGACUUGUGUACUCUUUGGGACAUGACAGCAGAAAGAGAUGUGGUUCUAUUUCUUCUACAGCAUGAUGUUCUUAAUCUCCUUAGUUUUGCUUGGCCUAUCAUUGAAACGCCACGCAUUGCAGAAAUUGUGGUUGGGAUUAUUGCAAAUAUGUGCUGCCAAAAGGAAGCUGUGAUAAAUCUACUUAAACAUGUGCCAUUUGUGAAGUCUCUAGUAGAGUGUAUCAAAGGCAAUGAUAGUUUAAUCUUAAUUCAAUUAUUGCGUUUAAUAAACUCAAGUCUUUUUCUUGCAAGUAGUGAUAAUAUUCAAAUUUGGUUAAGAUUAUUUAUAGAAGUUGGCUACUCUAAGCAUUUAUUUUUCAUUCUAAAGAACUCUUCACAGAAGGACCUACUUAUAAAUGCAUUGGAAAAUUUAAAUACUAUUUGCACAUAUUGUAAUAUAGAAGAGCUGUGGUCAGAUUUCUUUGGACAUUUUGUAAGUGUUGAAGCACUGGAAAGUGUAAUCAUAGGAUAUAUUGAGAUUGCUGAAACACAUAGAGAUUUAUGUGAGAAGGAACAAUUUGAACGUAUACUCCUUAUAAGUAUACAAAUAAUUUUGAACCUAGUUGGUUUUGACAAGUCUGUUUCUAUUUUUAAUGACAACAAAAAUGAUGCACUAAAAAUGAUAACAAUUACAUUCCAAUAUUAUGAAAACAAACUCGUCAACUGCAAGGAAAUUGACAUGGAUCUUGUGGACAUAGUUGAUUCUACAAUUUCUGUUAUUAAAGCUUUGAAAAUAAAUGAAAUAAGUGAGCUUGAUGAUUAUUUCAUGCAAAGUUAUAAAAUGUGGAAAACUUUACACUACAUGGUUGAUGAUCAGCAAGUCACUGAAAAUGAUCAUGAAGAUUUGGUUAAUGUUUCUAAAGAACUUCAAACUUCAUUAAGUACCUUAAUGUUUGUGUAUAUGGAAACAUGUAAUGAAGACAAUUUACUUAGGGCUUUAGAUGAAAUUAAUGAUGACUUUGAUGAUGUUGCAUCAUUUAUUGAAAAUAAAGGUAUCUUAAAUUUAGUCACAGAGAGAGUUUCUACUUAUCGAACAAGGUUAAAGGAAAUUGUGGAUUGUUAA